AUGCCAGGAAUGCCUGGUAUGCCUGGAAUGCCAAGACCGCAAGGUCCACAGGGCAAAGAAGGAGCAAAAGGCCAGACUGGUGACAGGGGAGCGAAAGGUAUUAUGGGAUCAAAAGGAGAGAGAGGCCACGAAGGGCUUCACGGGAAGAGUGGCCCCCCAGGAAUGAUGGGAAUGAAAGGAGAGCCGGGAUCUGUUGGAGCUGCAGGAAAGAAAGGAGACAUAGGAGAGAAAGGAGAACGUGUGGACUGUAGUUUCGCUGGUCCCGUGCCACAAACCAACUGGAAACAAUGCCUGUGGAAAACAGUCGAUUUAACCGAUGAUGGGAAAAUAAAGGUAAGAGAUAAGGACUUUAAACACUUUAGACCCUAAAAUGAAAAUUCAGAUUCUCAUUUCUCAUUUCGCUAUACGUUUCCUAUAGAAUUAGUAGGGAGAAGAUAUUGAAGUAUCAAUUAGAUUCACCUUCUUUGGUCUUAAUUCUCAAGACCAUUCUAUUUUACAAGGCAUUAAAAUAACAUAGGGAAAAUUUAUGAACAUCACACUUUAAAGGACUUUUAAGCCUUUAAAAAGGGUUAGCUACAGCCUAUUCUUGGCUUGCAACCACGUGAUAAGGCGGCCCUUUUGGUGGUGUGUUGGUGGUCAAUACAAUAGAAUUUUUUCUCGAAGAAUUUACAUGAAAAUAGGGUUUAGUUCCCAGUUUGUUCUUAUUCCUAACUCACCGUCAACAUGGCCGCCGUGACGUCACGUGCAAACCAGCAAUAAGUAAGAUACCUCAUGUUGUAUGAAUUUAAAGUGAAAUUCUUUGUUUAAUUUUGGUCCAGGAAUGCUCAUUCACAAAGCUGCAGUGUGAUUCAGCACUCAAAGUCUCAUUCCAGGGAAACACGAGAGUCAAUGGCGCUGGCAACAAAUGUAAUAGGUGGUACUUCAAUUUCAAUAAUAAGGAAUGCAGUGGACCAAUGACAAUUGAGGCUGUCGUUUACAGCAAAUGGCCAUCCGGAAAACCGAAUCUGCUGCAUCACCGAUCAUUUGAGGGCUGCUGUGAGAAUAUUCCACGGGGAAAAAUAACAGUGGAAUUGUGGGUAGGCCAAUGUGAUGGUGGCUAUACCUUGGGUGAAGCUACUACUGGCUGGAAUUCAGUGUCCCGGAUAAUGAUUGAAGAAGUAACCAGGCCCCAGUCUUAACGAACGACUUUUAGGCCUAAUUGACUCUUAACCCUUCACUAAGGUAAGGCAAAUGAUUUAUAAAAAUGUAAGACAUGUAAGGUUGUUCAUGACAGGUUGUUUUGUUUAAUAUAAAAAUAGUAGAACUGUAGUAAAGAGUUAUUACAAGGCAUGAAAUUUCAUUAAAUGGUGGUGAUGGCAAGGUCAAUCAGUUUGAUUGAUGAUAAUUGCUGUUCUGUUGUUUUCCUUAGUUCCUGGGGUUUAAAUCAGAUAGUAGCUUUGCUGUCCGUAUAUAUUAAUUGAACAGUUUAUUGCCCUGAAGUUGGUGCUAUCAACCCUUGGAGUAUGAUUACUCUGGCAUUGAAUUCAUGUUUGAACCCCUCUUUUCUCCAAAGAGGCCGCCGCUAGGUAUUGCAAUAAAAAUAGCAAUAAUAAAUUCCCUUUCCCACCGUCCCCCGCGCGCUUUCAUUUAUUCCUCUCCCCAGCCUCCCCACCCGCAAAACAAAGUGGCCUCUGAGGAAGAGAGAGUUUCAACCCAACAGUUCACGUGCUCUGUAAUAGCCUGUUCACAGACCUUCUAUUUUCUCUUCAAAGUCCGUCGAGCGCGCGUGAUAAAAAAUAAACCGCGGGGGAUUUAUUGACCGCCAGCGCAAAGGGGUUGGGGGAGGGGGAAGAAGGAAAUUAGUGCUAAGUCGCAGUUUUGUUAGAGCUAUUCUGUAUCGCGUAUUGGUGACCUGAUGUAGGUAAUCUUCACAUCUGUAAUUGUCUAUCGUUUUGAAUAACCGGUAGGUUCUCAUUUUGUUGCUUUGGUUAGCAUCUUUUCUGGUGUCGUUAUUUAUCUCACUGAACCAUCUUUGUAGUCCGAUAGCCUUAAGUCGUUGCCUGAUCAUGUUUACGAUUCCUAUGUCCGCAUAGUGUGCUUUCAUCCGGAGUUCUCCUAAUCCUAUCUGUUCUAAUUAGCUUUUGAUUUUUUUGCUCUAGAGAGCUUUAUUUUCAUUCCAUUUAAUGUCAUUGUAUGCUAUUUGGGAUAAUUUGUUUUCAUUUUUGGUUAAGGUUAACCAGAACUUAAAGUUCUUACAUUGGGCUUCAAUUCUCAUUGGAAACCUUCCUGUCUCAGCCUUGCACGCAUUGUUAUUGCAGUAUUUAUUAACUCCCAGCAACCACUUUAGGAAUUUAUUUUGAACUAGUUCUGCUGGAUCCUUUUCUAAUUGUCCAUUGCCAUCCAUUCCCCACACUUCACUCGCAUAAAAGAGUAUGGGAGAUAUCAGUGCAUCAAAUAACUUCAUCGUUAAUUUUAUACUGAUUUUCUCUGAAGUGGUUUCUCAUCUCUUUUCGUAAUUUAUAGAGUGCUUUAAGUGCAACUUUCUUCAGCUCUUGCCUCGCGAGAUUAAAGUUUCCAAAAGGACUCAUUAUGAGUCCACCCCCCCCCCCCGAGAAAAGGGAGGGCGGGCCCCAGGGGUCCCUCCCCUGGAUCCGCCACUGUUAUGGGCUCAGUUCAGUUUGGAAGGUAAUCAUUUCUUAGGAUUCACACGGGAAAAAUCCUGAGAAUCAGAAAAUUUUCAGGAUAUGUUACUCAAAGUCAGUGAAAAAAAAAAAAAAACAGCUACUCAAAAUAAAUAAACAGAAUACUACUUAAGGAUACUAAUCAGCUCAAUUUUAAAGGUCAUAAUCACAUGAAUUUCCCAAGGGAAAAAUGCUGAGCAUGCAUAUCGAUCUGACUUAGACGUCAAUAAAUGAUUCAACCGUAUAACGGUUCAUCUUAAAGAAGCACUAGUGUCCGUUGUGUAAAGGAUUCGGCGGUGCAGUUCCUCAGCAUGGUGCAAUUCGUCGUUGCUUUGUUACUCUUGUGUGGAUCAGUUGGUUCACAGAAAACCACAACCAAACCUCAACAACUAAACAGCAGCAACUUGAAAGACUUAUGCGAGGUAUGUACUAAAUUUUGACUCAAGGACCUCUCACAUUUUCCGGCUCACUACCGUUCGCUGGGUGUUUUGCAUCGUUUACUUUUGACUACCAAAGAACUCCCAAAGCUCUGAACAAAAGUGAAGUUUAGAGAGAUUCAGUGUGCAUUUGGGUUAGUUGAAAUUAUUUAAUAGGAAAACUAAACAAGAGCAAUUUAAAUGGAUUUGAAUUGAAAUGAAACUGAUUGAGGUAAAAGAUAAAAGAAAUAAAAUCAUAAUCCUCCGAAAUGUGGUUAACAAACACUCUGACGGGAGAAGAAUCAACUAUUCACAGGAAAUUGUAAACCAUAAGAAGAACAUCAAUCGGUUUUUACACAUUUUUUUGCAAAUUAUAAUGGUUAAACUGUUAUCAUAAAUUACAUCGUCACUGUCAAUUCGAAACAAAUAUCAGAAACAAAUGCAACUGAAAAUGAGAUAGAUUAAAAUGUGUUUUAUUUCAAAGUCAAAUGAUUUUGUUGUCCUAUUUCUACUUUACUUGGUUGUCUCCAUUUAUCCAGACCAUUAAGUUUAGUGAUUAGUUGAAAUGACGAACUCCAUGUUCUUUCUAGAAAUCCAUAAUGAACCAUGGUUUUCCAGGCAUUCCAGGAUCAAAUGGAAUGCCGGGAGUGCCAGGAAUGCCAGGGCCGCAAGGUCUACAGGGAAGGGAAGGAACAAAAGGAAAGACUGGAGCUAAGGGAACGAAAGGAAUGAUAGGACCAAAAGGAGAGAGAGGUCGCGAAGGGCUUCACGGGAAGAGUGGCUCGCCAGGAAUGAUGGGAAUGAAAGGAGAUCCGGGAUCUGUGGGUCCUGUAGGAAGGAAAGGAGACAAAGGAGAGAAAGGAGAAAGCGUGAAAGGUAGUUCGGCUGGUCCUGUGCCACAAACCAACUGGAAACAGUGUGUGUGGAAACAGCACAUAGGAACGGAUAAUGGCAAGAUAAAGGUAGAUUUAAGAUCAAGAUUUUAAUGUUACAUAUGUAUGUAUAUAGCAGAUUACAUCCUGCCCCUUUAAUUUUUGAGCUAUUUUGAAAAAAUAACUCAUAUGUCAGUGGUUUGAGCGUAUGUAUCUUUGUGUCUUUGCGUGUUCGGAUUUCUGUUGCAGGAGCCAAUAACGUUGAAGGUACUAUGAGUUGAUGCGUAGGAACCAAUGAGAUUUUCGCAUCUAACAUUACAUUCACUCGGCUUAAGGUCAAACAAGGGAAUUUUGAGACUGCCAUGUUGAUUCUUCACAAUUUUUUCGUCUUUUAUUACGGCUGAAAGGUGUUUAGAAGCAUAAUAUUGAAAUAUCUUUACGAUUCAAACGCUAAGUACAGUGAUUGAGCUGUUUAAGGGUUCAUAAUAUUUUAAUGUUGGUGCUGCUUCAAGACAUUUCUGACCUAAUUUCGGCUAACGCGAACGGUACAACGCACGUAUUUCAUAACGUAUGAGUUCUGUUUCACCUGCUUUAAGGUAGAGUGUAAAAGAUCAUAUAUUUUUCAAAGUUCCUCCAAUGAAACAGUAAUUGAAAUUUAGAUAUGGACUUUAAUUCUGGAGUAUGUGGCCUAUAAAUUGUAAUUGUGGAACACUGAGUUUGAAAGGCAAGGCGAGUAUUGUUAAUCCUGUAAACUACUUUUUUUCUCUCUGUUACAAAGUUCAACAGACCUUUUUCGUACAAGGAAAAAAAACAUGAAUUAGGUGAACAACGUGAAACAAGCUUGCUGCUUAAGAGUCAUUAUAGUUAUUGAAACGUAUUUUACUUAGUAAAUAUGCGUAAGUAGGAACAGUAGCGUUAGGGAAUAAAAUUAGAAGAAGCUAGUUGACACAAUAAUUAGAUAUUGUUUUAUUGAGUGGAGUAACAUGAUGUGAGUGGAACUAUAUUUCGGCAGUUUGAUAAUUUUCUUGGAAGUUAAUAAAUGUUAGACUAUCAACCAUGACGUUGCAUGAAGCAUAAUUUAAUUGCAGAUGUUGUAAUGAAGCCUAUAAGGUGAUUUCUGAAAAUCGUUUGAAAACAUUUUCUAGUAAACAAGUUGCUUUUUUUUAAUAAAGUGCCCAUCACCUAAAAUUUUUUAUUUUCUUAUCUGAAACUAUACCUUAUUAAAAUAACUUCUGCGAAAAAAUUUUGCGAUUUGAACAAAACGCGAUUUUUUUUUACCAAUUUUUGAAGUCUACAUUUUUGCGGUACACUCGCGCCGCUGAUCAUGCAAACUAGCAAGCUCACAUAUGACGUCAUGUGACGUAAAUUAAGGAACUCGCAUUACCUUGCCUUCACCAGCUGUACACAAAAAAGAUAAAUUUCAAGUAAGGAUUGAAUCACAAUGUCUUCGUAAGAAGAAAGUUUCUCUGAAAAAGAAAAACCUAUCAGAACUCUUAAUGUUUUCCUGUCGAUAAGGUCACGUGUUCCUUAAAGUACGUCAUAGUCCGAGAGAAGACUAAGACGAAUGGUGUGCCAAAAUGGAGGCAAAUUUGAACGUUUUUAAAAAAUUCUAAAAAAAUCGUCUUUGGUUCAAAUCGCAAAAUUUUUUCGCAGAAGUUAUUUUGAUAAGGUGUAGUUUCAGAUAACAAAAUAAAAAAUUUUUGGUGAUGGGCACUUUUAACGUACGAAUUGUAAAAGGGCUAAAGUCCAACAUCUUCACGUGAAAAUUGUGUGCAUGAGUUAUUUUUAUAAUUCUGUUUACUCGAUUACUGUGUGAUAACUCGAAUUCCCUCACGUACAAACCACGAAACAAGCAACGACCAACACGCCCACGUGCAAACUAUGCGAUUCUACAUCUCAUUCUGGCUUUUCACAGUAAUGAUAGUAACUUGAACGUAUGAAGAUAUCUUUAGUUUUGUAACUUGUCCCUAAGCAAAGGCUCUUUUGUUUUAAGAAGCAAUAACUUAUAACACUUUUUGAAUUAAGUCGUCAGAGUUAAGAACUCUUUCAUUAAAUUAGAAUCGCACGUGACAACCUCGUGAAUAAUGAUGGUGCAACCAUCUACAACAAUGAUGAAAAUCGUGACACGGUAUUCGACGAGCUUCAUUAUUUUAAGAAACCAUCAAGAAACCUUGAACCGUCGAGUCUUCCCUCUAUUAAAGCAACGUUUUGUGAGUUGAUAUUCGUAGUACUCUAACAAUUUUUUUAUUUUACACUAGAUGUCUGAAGGAAAGACAGAAAUGUGAAUCUAUAUUAUGGGGAUCGAACCAGCUAUGCGCAGCGGUUCUCAUUUUCAUUAAUGUACAGCUAUUCCCAAUUUUGCACAAAAUAUAGCCUUAAUCUAGGCUUAAAAGAGUAGAUUGCCUAUACUGUUGAACUGAAGCAUUCAAAAUAGCUCAUGCACAUAAAACGUGCCCAUGUUCUUCCUAGGCCAGCAAAAGCAAGAGGAUAUAUAUGUCAUUUCUCCUCUCUUGAUUUUAAGUAACGGUUGAUGAGAAGAGAACUUAGGGGAGAAACUAGAUUUAAAAAGUAAUUCAUACCAAAUGAUAAUGAAAAAACCUUUAUUAUAUUGGCAAACAUAUAUCAAACAGUUCUUCAAUUGGAGACUGAGAGGCAGAUUACUCUAUGUUAUAUUUAAUAACUAGUUGACUAUGUUUUUGAAAUUGUACACAAUUGUUACAAAAAUCCUAACUGGAUGCCAGUUGUACGAGACAUUGGUCAUUUGAAAGAGCUAAGGGAAAUAUAUUCCACCUCCCCUAAGAUCUUGCAUCGCAUCGUAGUUUCCAUAAAUUUCACGCAAGUUGAUACUCCUGACAGGAUGAAAUUUCUUGGUUUAACUUUUAUUACAGGAUUGCUCGUUUAACAAGCUGCUGUCUGAUACAGCACUCAAGGUCUCAUUCCAGGGAAAUAUGAGAGUAGGUAGCACUGGUGUCAAGUGUAACCGCUGGUAUUUCAAGUUCAAUAACAAGGAAUGCAGUGGACCAAUGACGAUCGAGGCUGUUGUUUACAACAGCAUGGAAAAAUAUCACAAUUUGUUGCAUCACCGAUCAUUUGAGGGAUACUGUGAGAAUAUUCCACAGGGCGCAGUUAGAGUGGAAUUAUGGAUAGGCUCGUGUGGUAGCUUUACCUUAGGUGAUGCUGAAACUGGAUGGAAUUCAGUGUCCCGGAUAAUGAUUGAAGAAGUAUCCAGACGUCAGUCUUAA